AUGGACCAUGUGAUUCGCAUAAGGAUAAGAAAUGAUGAGGUCAUCAGUGAUAUGGGCAGGGGUAAAGAACACCAUGUAAUUGGUCCUAACUUUGAUGGUGUUGUUGAGGUCAAUGAUGUUGGCAUGUUGAUAAGAGAUGAUGAGAAUGAGGAUAUGGUUCCAGAUAAUUUCAUGGACUACCACGGUUUCAUGGACCAAGAAGAAAGAGAGAACGAUGACCACAAAGAUGUUAUAUGGAACAACGAGAAGACAAUGGCCAAGAAGAAAGAGAUAAUAAUUAUAGUAGUCAUGGUAGUGAUGGAAGUGAAGAUAAUGAUGAUAGUGUUUAUUAAGUAG